AUGGCGUCGAUUGACCAAAAAUCUACAACAGUUACCAGCCGUGCGACCGUAGCGCAGAAUGCCGUUGCCGCGCUUUACCCCACUCAAGUAAUUGAUCACCCGUCCACGUUAUUCUCAGAGACCAAAAACUCGUUUUGGAAUACAUUACAGGGGGAGAAAGUACCAGCUUGCUUCUUUCAACCUACAGCAGCCGAACAAGUUAAGAAUGCCCUCGUAGAAGUCGUACGAGCGAAAAGCCCCUUCGCCAUUAAAGGCGGCGGUCAUUCUUCGAACCUUAAGGGUUCGAGUAUCCAGGACGGAUUUCAAUUCGACCUUGUCAAUCUCAAUCAUAUCGAAAUAGCGGAUGAUAAACGUAGUGUGAAACUUGGACCAGGCCUGCGGUGGGGUACCGUUUUUAAAGAACUGGAACGAAAUCGUGUAAUAACUCCAGGCGGACGAGAUGCCAGCGUCGGAGUCCCUGGGUUUAUCUUUGGCGUCUCGGCGGAUAUAGUCCUAGCCAACGGCGAAUUAGUUACCGUUGAUAACGACACACACCCUAAACUCAACAAGGCUCUCCACGGGGGCGGCGCGCACAACUUCGGCAUCGUCACGAGCUUAACUCUGAAGUUGUACCCCUACGACGGUAUGUGGGGCGGUAUGAACCUCGUAGCUGAAGAAUACUUUGAUGACGUCUUCGCCGCCUACGACAUAUAUACGCAGAAGCUCCUUGAUGAUAAAAAAGCUCACAUGAUUAUGGACUUCGUCAGAAGAGACGGAGAGAUGUUCGUCGCCCAAUUUAUCGGCUACACGGAGCCGCGGAAAGAUCCACCUACCUACGACGCAAUCCUCCGUAUACCAACCGUUGCUAAUACCUUACGUCUUGCUGAUUAUAGCGCUCUGGCGGAGGAAAUGACAGAAGUGACGGAUUCACGUGGGAAGCGAAACGCAUAUUGGACACUAGCCAUGGAAUACGAUAUCAACCUCCUCAAAUCCGCCUGCGCGCUAUGGGCCAAAAUGACAGAACCACAUGCCAAUCACUUUCGCUUCGCGUUCGAUGUCAACCACAUUACCGCCACAAUGCGAAAUAAAGCUGCUCGUGAGGGGGUUGGAAAUAUAUAUGGACUCGAAGGCCCCGAUAAACCGCUGACGAACAUCUUGCUGACUGCUGUGUGGGAGGAUGGGUCUGAUGAUGAGACGGCGAUGGCUAUUUUGCGCAGCCUAGGUACUGCGAUAGAAGCGCUUGCCCAGCAGGAUGGGAAGGAGUGUUUAUUCAAGUACAUGAAUUAUGCCCAUCAGGAUCAGGAUGUCGUCGCUGGGUUUGGGGAGAAAAAUAAGGCUUUUCUGCUGGAUGUUGCCGCGAAAUAUGACCCCGAAGGAAUCUUCCAAAACCUUCAGUUAGGGGGCUUUAAGCUUGAACAGCGCAGCCUUCGCAAAUAGACACUUUCAGAGAAUGAUGUGCUGGCGAAGAAAUGUCUGCCAAAUUCAAAAGACUUAUAUCACGUCAUCUUUAGAAUGUUUUAAGGGAAUUAUGAUACGAGAAAAGAGAAAAAAAAAAAAGUAAAAGAAGGAGAAGAAGAAAACGCAAGUUUAUUCGUGUUCUUAAUGGUUGGCAUUCGCUAAAAAGAGUACCUAGGUACUGAAUGAAAAAGAGCUUUUAGGGCGUCACCGCAUAAAUGAUACUUUCUAGUGCGCCUAAAUUUAAAGGACAGUGUGCAUUACAGUCACUAACGAUAGCAACC